AGGAGCCGUCGGUGCCGCGCGCGCGGCAGGCGGAGCCCGCGGCGGGGAGGGGAGGGGUCCCGGCCGCCGCACCCCCCCCCCCCCCCCCCCCCCGUACCCGCACCGGCCGUGCCUCCCGCCGGACCCGGCUGAGGGGAGAGGAUCUCGAGUACCAGGAUGGACGAACUCUAACUGACGGAGAGGCAGACAACACACCCUUUCAGCAUGGAGACCGUUCCGGUUGAUGGGGAACUUGAUAGAAAUUCACAUCAUGGUGAUAACAGAGACUCUCAUGGACCAUCAACAGUGGUAACAAACAGCGAUGAAUCACAGCUUUUAACUCCAGGAAAAAUGAGCCAGCGCCAGGGGAAAGAAGCCUAUUUUACUCCAACCAAAGAGUUACUCCAACCAUCUCUCAGCCCAGGAACUACCCAUAGCCAUGGUUUUGACAAAGGGAAGGAUGAUGUGUCACAAAGUAAAGAGGAUACAGCACAUUCUAUGUCAAAAAGCAAGUCUGAAUCCAAGCUUUUCAAUGGCUCUGAGAAGGACAUAUCUUUAUCUUCAAGCAAACUUACAAAAAAAGAAUCUCUCAAGGUUCAAAAGAAAAAUUACAGAGAAGAAAAGAAGAGAGCUACGAAAGAAUUACUUAGCACUAUCACAGACCCAUCAGUUAUUGUUAUGGCUGACUGGUUGAAGAUUCGUGGUACCUUGAAAAGCUGGACCAAACUGUGGUGUGUACUGAAACCAGGAGUGUUGCUUGUUUACAAAACUCCCCAAAAUGGCCAGUGGGUAGGAACAGUGCUCCUGAACGCUUGUGAACUCAUUGAGAGGCCUUCUAAAAAAGAUGGCUUUUGUUUCAAACUUUUUCAUCCUUUGGAGCAGUCCAUAUGGGCUAUAAAGGGUCCCAAAGGUGAAGCAGUUGGUUCUAUAACUCAGCCAUUGCCCAGCAGCUAUUUGAUCAUCCGAGCUGCUUCAGAAUCAGAUGGCAGGUGUUGGAUGGAUGCUUUGGAGCUGGCACUGAAAUGUUCAAGUCUGCUUAAACGUACAAUGAUUAGAGAAGGUAAAGAACAUGAUUUGAACUCUUCAGCAGACAGUACUCAUGUCUCUCUCUAUGGUCUGCUUCGUGCUAACAACUUGCACAGUGGAGAAAACUUACCGUUAAAUGACAGUGAAAUUGAAAGGCAUCACUUUAAAGAUCAAGAUAUGUACUCUGACAAAUCUGAUAAGGAAAAUGACCAUGACCACGAGGAAUCUGAUAAUGAUGGAUUGGGGAAAAGCGAAGAAAGCGAUAGCGACACAUCGGAGCGACAGGAUGAUUCUUACGUUGAUCCAGAACCAAUUGAUGUCAAGGAAACUACUUAUUUAGAACAGAGUCAUGAAGAACUUGGGGAGGCAGGGGAGGCUGCUCAGACAGAAGUAGUGUCAGAAGAAAACAAAAGUCUGAUCUGGACACUGUUGAAGCAAGUCCGGCCAGGAAUGGACUUGUCCAAGGUUGUACUGCCUACGUUUAUCUUGGAACCUCGUUCUUUCCUGGACAAGCUGUCUGAUUACUACUACCAUGCAGACUUUCUGUCUGAAGCUGCCCUUGAAGAGAAUGCUUACAACCGCAUGAAAAAAGUAGUGAAGUGGUAUUUGUCGGGAUUCUACAAAAAGCCAAAGGGACUAAAAAAGCCGUACAAUCCUAUACUUGGUGAGACUUUCCGCUGCAUGUGGAUUCAUCCAAGGACGAAUAGCAAGACUUUCUACAUUGCAGAACAGGUAUCGCAUCAUCCUCCAAUAUCUGCCUUCUAUGUUAGCAACCGCAAGGAUGGUUUUUGCCUUAGUGGUAGCAUUCUGGCCAAAUCAAAAUUCUAUGGGAAUUCAUUAUCUGCCAUACUAGAUGGAGAAGGACGGCUGACGUUCCUAAAUAGGGGAGAAGAUUAUGUAAUGACAAUGCCAUAUGCUCAUUGUAAAGGAAUUCUUUAUGGCACAAUGACCUUAGAGCUUGGGGGAACAGUCAACAUCACCUGUGAGAAAACCGGCUACAGUGCAACAAUUGAAUUCAAACUCAAGCCUUUUUUGGGUAACAAUGACAGUGUUAACCAAAUAUCAGGGAAAAUCAAGCUUGGCAAAGAAGUUCUGGCUAUUUUGGAGGGUCACUGGGACAGUGAAGUUACUAUUAGUGACAAGAAGACAGAUGUUUCAGAGACAUUCUGGAAUCCGACAUCUGAUAUCAAGCAGCGUAGAUUACCUAGAUAUACAGUGAAGUUUGAAGAGCAAGAUGAAUUUGAGUCAGAGAAGCUUUGGCAACAAGUGACAAGAGCAAUAAAUAACAAAGACCAAACAGAAGCUACUCAAGAGAAAUAUGUUCUGGAAGAAGCUCAGAGAAAGAGUGCCAAAGAAAGGAAACUUAAGGGUGAAGAGUGGAUGUGCAAACUGUUCGAUCAGGACUCAGUCUCAGGAGAAUGGCACUACAAAUAUGCUGAUACUAGACCAUGGGACCCUUUGAAUGAUAUGAUCCAAUUUGAAAAAGAUGGCACCAUCCAAACAAAAGUUCGACAUCGGACACCAAUGGUUAGUGUUCCAAAAAUCAAACGAAAGCCAGCUGGUCAGAAGAAAGGAGAGUGUGGUUUCUCAUCCCCAGAGCCUGAUAACCAGGACUCCUCUGGGAGUGAAGCGCAACUUUUGAAGCAUAAUACUAGAAUAAGGAAAAAAGGGGCAGACCUUGGUGAACUGCAGAGUGCCAUUGAAUCUAUAAAGGAAACACAAGAAGACAUUAAGAGGGACAUUAUGGCUCUACGAAAUAGAGUCACGUCUAAUUCACCACCUGUGGACUACCAUUUCUUGCAGUUUAAGCACUAUGUCUUCAUUUUACUCGUGGUUCUGCUACAGCUUAUCAUUAAUUUCUUGUUCAAAUAGGAAAUGUGAACAAGGGCCUUUCUGAACUGUUACUGGGGACCAUAUUUUAAGUUGGGACUUUAAAUGAUGCAAUAUUAUCUAAAAGAGCCCUGUAGCAACAACUUACAGAACUUUGCCUCAGCGUCCAUGGUUCAGAGUCAUACUCCCAUCUACCCAGUUGAAGUAAGAAUUGUGUAAGUGCCAGUACGCUCUUGCUCCUGGUGUGUGCCUCUGUCUCGCAGACAUACGACAUCAGCCUUGUGUUUUAUAUUAUGUCAUAUGCUGUACUGAUGAAUCUUCACCACAGAAUAGAUGAAGUUAAAAAUUCAGAGGUCAGACCCUGUAGGUAGGAUGUGAUUCUAGUUAUGGUAGAAUGAUAAACAAGCAUACUUUGUUACAUUUAAACUUACCGUUUUUGUAGCAAAGGAACUUUUGAAGUAGCCAACAGUUUUUGUAAAUGGCAUUGGGUGUUUGGAAGUAAACUUUAGUUUAAGGUCAAACAAAUACAUUAUUAUACAAAGAUCAUGAGUGUUAGGAACUGGCAGGUAAAAAGCUGAAGUCUUUGGGAAUUCUGCAAUGCAAUGUCCUUGAUUUGUUUCGGAAGUAUGAGGGUUUUUUAUCCUGAAUUACUAUAGUGGCUUGUAAGCCAGCUGUUUUAUUUUUAUAGUUUUAAAACUUCAGAUUCUUCAUAAAAACAUUCCUGCAUCUCCUGUAUGGAGCACAUUUUUUAACAGUACAGCACCUGGGAAGGUACUGUCUUAGUCCCCUCUCUCUCGUGAAUUGCUUAUGUCAAGGAUUUAUGGUAUGUUUGCAAGUCUUGAUAAAUCUACAGCUUUGAAUUUACAUUUGUGUAUGGCCACGUCACAGUAAGGAGGCAGACUGCUGAUGCCAGGACUCUUUCUUAUUUUUGAAACAAAAUGUGAAGAUGCAAACGAGCGCUUAGUAUGUAGCUUGAGUUGAACCUCCCAAAAGGCAGACGAUGUAGAACAGAAUUUGGGCACGGUCAUAAGUUCACUUGCAAAUGAAAACCUGUGUGUUUACAAGGGGAAGGUCUUCAGAAAUUGUAGGAUGGCUAACACCACACAUAUCGAGACAAAUGAGAGUGAAACCCUAAGUCUUCGUUAAAUUCCUCCUUACUGCAGUAUAUACUACCUAACAGAACACACGGAUGCACCUAUUCAUUAUGCUGUAGCCAUACGAAUUAAUGUGAAGCUUAAGUUUCAAUUUAAAACCAGGGUGUCUAACAUUUUUAUUUGAAGAAAUAUAUGCAUGUAUAAACUUGUAAAAUUCCAGCAAAAAAAUUUAGUGCCAGUGUUUAUCUGGUGAAUUCCUUAUACCCGUCAAGCGCGCCAAGUCAAAAAGGAGCUGUAGUAUUGUAAAGGUACUCUCUGUAACCCAGAUGAGACAACAGGAGGGUGAGCGGCACAAUGCAAAGGGCAGCCAAGUUUGUUUUCAGAGGAUCCCCUCAGAAAUCAAAUCCAUCACGGGCAGUGGAACAGUUCAAAGGUCACAUUUGGUGCUUUGCCACAGCCCGGUUAUCCCUCUGCCUUGGCCAGCCUCCCUGACUCUCCAGGUGAUCUACCUUUCUGUUCUGUGUCAGUCUCACCGGUGUUUAGUGAAAAUACUAUUUACGUGGUUUUUAUCAGUCUAGCUCGUAUAUUCCUGUGGCUGACACCUUCGCACAACUCCCCUUCUCUUUUACCUUUACCUUUCUUUGGGCCUCAGCUACGUAGAAGUUUAUUGCUUAAGCAGUCAACUUCAGCUUAUUUGUUACAGCUUCAUAUUAGCAUAGUUUGGUCUUGAAUUGUUUUUUGGAAUGUGGCACCUUAACCAGAGGGAUCUUGUAUACGUGGGCAAGACCAAACUUGGGUGGACUUCUAUUAUAUCUACAGCUGAUGAGGUAAAAUUUGUGAAUGUAGAAAGUCCCUCUGUAAAAAAAAAAAAAAAAAAAAAAAAAAAACAACCACCAAAAAACAAAACAAAAAAACCCCAAAAACAAACCACAACAAAAAAAACCACCAAAAUAUAAGUUAAGUCCCUAAACAGAAACUGAAGUUGCUAGCCAUGUAUAAAAUGGCAUAAAGAAAGCAGAAUAUUAUAGCAUUAAUUUAAUGUUCUCAGCCUGGAUUUUGGCCAUUCAUUAUUGCGUUCAGAUGUCAAAGCUUCACCUGUCUUAAGAUCUACAAGCCUUUAAUCAUACUCUGUGCGUAAGAGUAAUAAAAGAGGAAAUGAGAAUUUGGGCAAUAACUUCAACCCCCUAAAAUAAUACUCUGCUAAAUUUGUGGUGCUAAAACUUUUGACUGAUAGUUACAAGCUUUUAUCUCUCUUGUAAAUAGAAAUGUCCUUCUGCCCUUUCGUGUUGAUUUUUUUUUUUAAUCUCUUCUAUUCUAGAUCAGUUAAUAACAGUCUGCGUGUAUUUUUACACGGACUGCAUGGUAGGAACUGUGGAUUUGACCCAGCCAGCUGGCUGGCAGUGCAGUGUUGGAUAAUGUCAGACUAAACAGAUACUCUGUAUCUGAAAUUCUUGCUCAGCUCAAGAUAAGUAGACUUGAACAGAGCCAGACAUAAUGCCUGUGCUUAUUUUCCUUUUCAGCGUAUUUUUUAGAGUUUAAUUCUGGUUUUAGUGAUGAUCCAGGAAGGUAAAGGAUAUAUGAUGAAACUUUUUGAAAAGUAAAAUUGCAGACUUCCGCUUGCCUGUAUGAUUAGAUAACUUAAAUUCUGAAAAGCACAUCGAAAACCUAGUAAUUCCUAUUUUGCUGGGUUUGGUAUGAUGUUCCCUCAUGUGAAUAGAACAAAGACAUUUCUUGCCUAUUUUUUACAGUACAGCUGGUCACAGGCAUGUAUGAAGCCUGUUCUUUAGUGCAUCACCAUUGUCCUAUUUAACCAUGAUGUGUAGCUGAUCUUGAAUGUUACAUACUUAAGACUGAGCUCUGCGCAUAGUUAUAAAAAUUGAUUGUACAGUUUGCAGAUGUUUGAGGGCUGUGGCCUCCUACUAGAAGUUUAAAACAGCACUUGUUUUCACAUUGGAUUUACAAAUCUUGUUUUAGGGUUUUUUUUUUCUUGUACAGGAAAUAUUUUUCAGAAUUUGUUGCCAUGUGGUUUUGUUGUUUUGGGUUUGUUUGGUUUUUUUCAAGUGCACUCUAAGCCUUUAAUUUGCCAUUUAGGUACAGAUUGCCUAGUUAAGGUACAGGUGACCUAAGAAAAAGUAAAUAUGCCAUGUGAAACGUAGCAAGUAUCAGUGUCAGCAGUAGAUGAUGUUUCUUGCAUUUCACAUGUUGAUUCCUCUUAAAUAGUUGACAUUACUUAAUGAGGGUAUAGCCCAGUUGUUCCCCCCCACUCCCCCUGCAAUUAAAUCUCAUAAAUUAUUUAAAAGGUUGUCCCAUGAAAUGUAGUGAUGGUGGUUUCUUCCCUUGUUCGUUUGUUGUUCGCUGCCCUCCUGUGCCUUUGGCAAUUUUAUUUUUUGCUGGACCGGUGUUUAUGAAACCGACUUUGGAUUCAGUGUUUGUUAUAGUUUCUUAAAGGCUGUUACUUCACCACUGUUUGUGUAAAUAACGUAUAACAAGGAUUCUGUACAUCUGUAAGUUUUGAUUAUUGUUAUUUCAAGCGGUAUCCUCAAAUCACAGAAAAUCUCGCAGAUAUUCAA